AUGAAGAAAGUGUUCAAGAAUGCUCGCAUUUUCACCAGCAGUCCUGCCACCGCUGACCAUCUCAAGCACUCUUGCAUGGUUACACAAGACGAUGUGAUCGUACACGUCGGUUUGGACUCUGACGCUCCAGUAGCAUCUGCCGAGAAAGAUGGCGCCGAAGUUCUCGACAUGAACCAACGUACAUUGGCUCCGGGCUUCGUCGACGGGCACAUGCAUUUGUUGAUGUUUGGGUCGUCAUUGGGGAAAAUCAGCCUCGAUCACUGCAAAAGCCUCGAGGACAUUCAAGUCACAAUCAGGGACGCAGCGAAGCGAGACACCACCAAGCCCCGAAUUCUAUGCCAGGAAUGGAUGCACUUCAUGACCGACUCAAAGGCGCUGGCAAGUGACCUGGACGGACUGGACGAGCUCAAUCGACCGAUCUUCAUCGAUUCCAAGGACCUACACUCGACGUGGUGCAAUUCGGCAGCGUUGACUGAGAUGGGCGUCAAGGACAUGCCUGAUCCGCCGGGCGGGCAAAUCCACCGUGACGACCAGGGGAAUGCCACGGGAUUACUCAGUGAGGCUGCAGCGGUCACCAUCGUGUGGCCUCACCUUGCCAAGGUGGCCUCGAUGGAGGAGAAGAAAUCGUCAAUCAGGCAGGCUAUCAAGACGUACAAUGCGGCCGGGUACACGGGCAUGGUGGAGAUGGCCAUGGACGAGAAUGCGUGGGAAGCCUUGCUCGAACUCAAGUCACAAGAGGAACUGACGAUACGCCUGGCCAUGCAUUGGUUGAUAUACCCGUCGAAAACCAACGAGGAGAGUCUCCGUCAGGUCGAUAGAGCGAUCGAAUUGUGGAAGCAGUACAACCUAGACACUUCGCCUGAUUUCCGAAUCGCUGGUAUCAAGGUGAUCGGUGACGGUGUGAUUGACGCCUGUACCGCUGCGUUGUUGCAACCUUACUCCUCCAACGGGGUCAGUUGCGAGCCACUUUGGAACGCCGAACACCUCAAAGCCGUCGUUCAAAAGGCAGACGCCGCGGGAAUGCAGUGCGCACUGCAUGCCAUUGGAGAUGCGACGAUCAAAAUGGCCAUCGACGUGCUCGAGACGGUCGCGUCCAGUGGUCGAAGGCAUCGCAUUGAGCAUCUCGAGCUCACCUCGCCCGGAGACGCCAAAAGACUUCAAGAGGCCGGCAUCACCGCUUCCAUUCAGGCGGUCCAUGCCGACCCUUCGAUACUGCGGGAGUGGAACAAUUUGCUGGGAGAAGAAAGAAGAGGCCGGGCGUUUGCGUAUCGAGAAUUCCUGGACGAGAGGGUUCACCUGGCGCUAGGUACGGAUGCUCCUACCGCCCCGAAUCUACCUUUCCCAAACAUAUAUACUGCGACUACCAGACGAUCAGCCAGAGAACCAGCCUAUGACGAAGUAGUCAACAAGCAUUUUGCCCUGCCGUUACUGAACGCAUUCGCUGCGGCUACACAUGGAGCGGCGUAUUCGUGCUUCAUGGACAGCAUCACAGGCACACUCGAAGCUGGGAAGAAGGCAGAUUUCAUUGUUCUCGAUAUGAAAUGGUCACCAGACGACUUGUUGCAGGCGAAAGUGCUGCAAACGUGGUUCGGUGGGAAAAAGGUUGCAUCUUCAUAA